AUGUUCAAAACCUUAAAACAAAAUAGCAAAGCCGCUUUUCAAACACGAGCAUUCUUGAGAAGGUUCAAUUCAACUAAAAGCUCAGUUCAAGACAAUGGGGCGGGAUCGGAUCUGGAUCUGGAAGGUAAUUCUGCCAUGGUAGAAAGGAUGAAACAAAUAUUAGAGGAUAAGAUUACCCACAGUCUGUCUAAAACAUCACAACUACGCCAAAUGAACCCCCAGAUCAACAGUAUCUUGACGGAAUAUGACUAUGGUAACAAAGACCAACAUAACUUCCAGCAUGCUCAAUCUUAUAUCAAAAGUGAGCCUUUGCUUUCUCACAACAAGCAUGCACGAGACAUUUACAACACCAAACCAUGGCUGGGAACUGAAUCCACCUACGAUGCAAAUCUCCGUAUGAUCCUAGAUCUGACGCCCAAACCAAUUAAUGACCCUAUGGCUACAUUUCAACCUAAGCGAAAAAUGUCAGCCGGUGACAAACUUGCAAUGGCGAGAGACGGUAGUUUAGAUUACAAAAUCAACAGAAAUCCCGAGGAUAAGGAAAAGGCAAAGUUUAGAGAGAUAUAUAAGGAGAGACUUUUGGGUCCAUCCAUGUUGCUCACAAACGCCUCAUCCGUUGAUUUUGUAAAUAGUCUAGCUGGAAAUAGAAUCAAUGCAGCUAUUGAUCAACAAACCGGGAAAUUCGAUUCACCGGAGAUGAGCAGUGUCAGGGGUAAGCCGUUGACUCAGGAACAUUUGAAAAAUUGUACUGAUACAAAUUAUUUCAUGAACCAAAUCUUGAACAAACAAGAAGUGUUACCACCGUGGAUUGAAAAUCAACAAAGUUUGAGCAAGUCAAUAGCGCAAUUUAGAGCUGAUUUGGACCAGUCAUGGUUUAAGUGGGUGGUGAAUGAAUCGAUUAUGAGAGGUUAUAUUGAGAGGGCCACUACAGUGGAUCAGAUAUUGGACGACUAUGAGAAGAAUAUACGAAAGAUCACUUAUGAAGAUAAUAGCUUGUCAGACACAGAUCUUGCCUAUAUUCAAGCCAAGAUUGACUUGUUGAAUUCAGAAGUCAGACAUUACAACUUACAAUGCCCUGGUGUCAGUGGCCACAAGUUGAAAUUGGACAAGGAAAAAGAGAUUAAUGAAUCUUAUUGGAGAACGUUGGAAAAAUUUCCCACAUUGAUUGAAAAAUGGUUCAAAGUGCAUAAAGAAGGGAAAAAAUCCAGAUUGGUUGACAAUCCUGGUGGUGGACCUUCAAAAUAUUUCAAAGCCUUCAAGUUGAAGGGGUCACCUGAUAUUCACGAGAAUAGGAAUGUCGACACAAGCUUGAAUUUGUGGCAAGCAGUCAAGGACGUUUUCAAAAUGGCUAAAUAG